CGCAGGCGCGGUGUCCGACUCACUGCGCAGGCGUAGCGGCCGAGGGUUCUCGGUAGGACAAAUAGGGGCCGACCGGGCCCGACGCAGGCCAGAGGAGACCGGCACGGCGAUCCCCGCUGCCAUGCCGGACCCUUACGACAAGGACGUGUACCCUGAGCCCCCGCGCCGCACGCCAGCGCCCUCGCCGCAGACGUCGCUACCCAACCCCAUCACCUACCUGACCAAAGCCUUCGACCUCCUAGUAGACCGGCCUGUGACCCUCGUGAGAGAUCUUAUAGAGCAGCAGCAUGCCAAGAACAGAUACUAUUACUAUCACCGGGAGUACCGCCGUGUGCCAGACAUUACAGAGUGCAAGGAGAAAGAUAUCCUGUGCAUGUUUGAAGCUGAAAUGCAAUGGAGAAGGGACUACAUAGUUGAUCAAGAAAUUGUCAAUAUUAUCCAAGAGAGGCUUCAGGCCUGUCAGCAGAGAGAAGGAGAGAGUUACCAGCAGAAUUGUGCCAAGGAGCUUGAACAGUUUAACCAGGUGGCUAAGGCCUACCAGGAUCGCUAUAAUGACCUGGGAGCCCAUUAUUCUGCCAGAAAAUGUCUAGCAAAGCAGAAGCAGAGGAUGCUGGCAGAGAAAAAAGCUACCAAGGAGACUGAUGCUGUCUGAUCCUACAGUGAGAGCAACCCUCGACUGACCUUUGUGUGCUGAAAUAAAGUGGUACACAUCCUU